AUGCCAAAUGUCAGGAAUAAAGACUUCCAGAUAGCAUCUCCAUUGAAGCAUCAGCCAGUGGGAAAAGAAGUGUGUACAUUCAGAGAGGUGGAGAAUAUGUCAUCGGACGAUUUGUAUGCUUUAUUAGAGGGUAUUUCUUCGGAUGGCGAGUCAGAUAAACCGAGUAGUGAUGAAGAUGAUUUGAUUGAAAUUCUGAAUAGGCCAAUAAUAUUUGAAGACGACCAACCAGACCAACCUACAAGAGUCGACAAUUCUGACAAUAUUCCUGCUGAUGAAGCCUCCUCAGACGAGGAAGAUAAUACGAGUAUUCCUCUUUCUAUUUUGAGGGAUAGAGAGCUAACGAAAAUGACAACCUGGACCAAAUCAACAACAUUUUGCUUUACUAAUAUCAAGCAGUUCACUGACGAAACUGGACCUAAAAUUCCAGACGAUCUGGAGAAGCCAGUAAGUGAACACCAACACUUAAGACUUGGACAUGUGUUUCUCGGUGCGCAAUUCUCAACAGAGGUAAAAGGCCAUAUUGGCAUACAAGCCAUGGAAAGGCUGACACUGCUGCAACAUCAGCCAUUAUUUGAAGACCUAGAGAAAAACAACUUUUGUGACUUACUUAGUUUAUACAAGACCAAAGUCUUUGUGGCCAAGAGACUUGCGCUUGAUGCCAACUCUUCAAAAAGAAAAGCUGGAAAAGACUCGAUUGCUCUGUAA